AUGAGCGAAACUCGAAUAACGACAACAAAUCAAGCCCGCAAACCACAUCACGUCCAUGCCGUCUCUGAACUUCCUAAAUCCUUGCUAGUUCGUCCUCCUUUUACCUCUUCAUCGAGAUCCAACACAAACCGGCAGCUAGCCUAUGGCUUCUGUCCUGAAUGUAAUGACCUGAAUACCUAUUACGACUGGUGCUCAUCUUGUAUCUAUUACAACUAUAUCUCUUCCAAUGCCGUCUGGACUAGUGGCGACCGACUUUUAGAUAAAUUCAUCCGCGAAGCACAACGGCAGGCUGUCAGUAGACACAAUUUUAUCGAAUGGAUUCCAUUUUUGAGAUUCGAGAAUGUUACCUACUUGCACGGAGGUGCCUUGGGUGAUGUCUAUGAAGCCGUGUGGAGUGAUGGAUAUCCACAGGCCUGGGAUUACGAUAACCAAAAGUUUAUGAGAUAUAAUAAUACCAAAGUCGUGUUGAAGUUUAUAGAGACCCCGUCAAAUGGAGUUAGCGAAUGGUUUUUGAAUAAGAUAAGAGGCUACAUCGAAUGGCACCAAAACAGCGGGGAUCGCUACAUCAUUCAUUGUUACGGCGUAACCCAAGACCCUGAUACCCAAAAUUACGCUCUUGUCCUUGAACAUGCAGCGGACGGAUCGUUGCGUCAAUACUACACUAACAAUCGAUCGGAACUAAACUGGGAGGACAAGUUAAACAUUCUCCAUAUGAUAAUUAACGGGCUACGGACCUUACACAGCGCGGGUAUAUUGCAUGGCAAUUUACACACAGCGAAUAUACUUCAAAUAGGAAACAUUCCGCACAUCAGCGACAUUGGUUUAUGCAACACGGCCGAUUCUACAUGCACAAACCGGCUAUUUGGCGUGCUUCCAUUCAUAGCUCCAGAAGUCAUGCUUACCAAAUCCUAUACUCGAGCGGCGGAUGUAUACAGCUUUGGCAUGGUACUUUGGGAACUCUCUACUGGAGCAAUACCUCAUGCCGAUUGCCCUCACGACGAACAACUAGCCAUAGCCAUUUGUCGUGGACUCCGCCCUCCUAUUACCGAUACCAUCCCAUCGUGCGUGGCCACGAUAAUUCGCAGAUGUUGGGACGGAAACCCGAGUAAUCGACCGAGCGUUGAAGAAUUAGAGAAUAUCAUCUGGGCUUGGUAUGAAGAUGUCUCGGAGGAGAGUGGUACGAAAAUCGCCAUGGAAUUUAAAAAGAGCGACGCGCUCAGAGAACGGAUGCUGAGAGCUCUGCGUGGGAAAGGUGAGGGUAGGGAGAGCAGAAGCUGGAGUCGAUGGAGAAAUAAAAGAGGGAAAACCGUGGAAGGCAAACUCCAUUGUCAUCCUCUGGCGGUAUACAAGAGUAGGGUUAUGGUGUUUCCUGGGUUGGAAGAAUGGAUAAACGGGAAAGAAAAUGAGGAAGCAAAGAACAUUGGUGGUAAGGAAGACGGCAACGUAAAAGUGAAAACGAAUGAGCGUGGAGAAAACGACAAGAAGAUGAAAGCGAUCGAUGGCGGGAAAAAUAAUAAGAUCGAUAGCGGGGAAACCAACAAGAAUUCGGAUGGCCUUGAUAAUGGGAAAGGCAUGAAAGAAUUGAGUGUGAAAGGACCGCAGAAUACAGAUGGUGUGGUUGAUAGUGGAACACGGAAGAAGACGAAUAAUUUAACGCGUGAUAAGGAAACUCCGCAUAAAACGGAAUUCUCUCUCUCAUUCGGUGAUAUAGCCAGCAGUGUGUUGUUCAAGCAUCGUCAUCAUUAG